AUGAUGGACGAAACUAAAGAAAAAGAACGUACCGGCCCAGGGGUUUCGGACCCCCAGGGCCCGGCGAGUGCGGGGGGUAUUGUCCCGGCCCCCUCCUCGUCGUCAUCCGACGUCGGGCCACCCCUGGUGUCUCAGGAGAGCACCAGGGGCGAAGAUACGAUCUCCUCUCUUCUAGGAAGAGGAUUGCGGAGACACCUCUCCGCCAACGAGCGACAGGACGUCGGGCGUUCCAGCCCACCAGCGGAUCCUGAGAGGGGUCCAGACCCAGAUCAACCGGGUCCGUCGGGUGUGAGGGCAGCGGCCCGGGAUUUCGAAUUUAGGAAACCCGGACCCUUGUCCUCAAAGAAGAAGAAGAAGGCCUGCAUCGCGGAGUCUUCCGAGGAGGAAUCGUCCGAUGGCAUGUCGGUUGACGGCGGCGGUGAUAUGACGCCGUUAUCCGACGUGUCAUCGGACACGAAUUACGCCCUGACUCAUGAGGGGCAUACGAAGAGAUCACGGGGUCGUCCACCUACCACGGGGGAGCACGUGGGGUCGAAAGCCCUCAAGGAUAAAAUUAAGUUCCUUGAGAAGGAGCUCACAGAGGUGCAGGCGGAGCGGGAUGUCCUUGCGGGACGCUUUGAAGUCAGCUUCGGGGCUACUGCGGGGGGGGCCUCCUCUGCUGCUGAUGUUGAGGAGCAGCUCGCCGGUGAAACGGUGAACUCCCUCGUCAGCAUUAUUGUAGACAACAUGGAGGCGGUUGAGCGUGUCGCGGAUCGGUCGGGCUCCUUGAAGGGCACUUUCAAGUAUAUGCUUCGACACGCUUCGCGGAACGCAGUGGCCGCCUCCAGAUUGCUUUUUUCCCGCGCGUUCACCCACGCGGAGAGUAAUCGCGAGGCUGGGGCCCUCGACAAAGCUCGAUGUGAGCUUUUAGCUGCGCGUCAGCUGGUCGAGGAGUCCCAGAACCGUAUCAGGAAGUUAGAGGGGGCGAUCGAGAUCCUUAAGGCCAGGGAGACCAUCCGGGCCUCCCGAGCAGAGCGAUCCCCGACUCCGCCCCGCCGAAUUUCGGCUGUGUUGUCGGAUUCGUGCGGGGAGCAUAUGGAAGUGGAGGAUUUACCCGGGGAACCGCCUCCCCGGGUGGACCCUCCAACACAGGGACCUCCGACUAUCGAGGCCUCCUCGGUUGACCCCUCCACUCCGCUCGAGAAUAUCGAGCGGAUGGUGGAGCGGGUCUUGGGUAGGAUGUUGCCCACCGUAUUGGAGGCUAUCGCCAGGCCCCCCGCCCCCUCGCGACUGUACAGCGAGGUGGUGGGGAGCAAGGCGAAAAAGGAUGCGGCUCCCGCUGCGCCCACGAAGGACGCUUCCUCCUCCUCUUUCCCCCCUGUUCAGGGGGAGAAGGGGAGGAAGAAGAAGAAGAGUAAGAAGAAGAAGGGUCCCACGGUCAACCCGGACCCACCUGGGGGACAGCCUCCCCCGCCGAAGGGGGAUGCGGUCAAGCGCAAGCCUCAGGCAAAGAAGAGGAAGUCUCCUGUUGGGGUGGUCCGGGAGCCUCGGACAGCGGCCGUCUUGGUGACGAUCGCGCCGGACUCCGGGAUCACCUCAGGGGAGAUGCUGAGGAAGUCUAGGGCCCUGAUAAGUGUGUACCCCGAAAUGGAAACGGCCCGAUUGAAGAAGACGCAGGCCGGUGGCACUCUCCUCCAGUUUGCUGGAGCGGAGGGCCACCGGGUUGCCGACCGGGUGGCCUCAGCUAUGAGGCAGAUCGCGGAAGAGGCUCGGGGUGUCCGGGUCACCCGGCCCAUGAAGCGCGCUGAAUUGCGCCUUCGUGGGCUGGAUGACUCGGUCACCAAAGAGGAGAUGGUCGACGCCGUCGCGGGGAUGGCUGGCUGCCGCGCCGGGGACCUCUCUGUCGGGGAGAUCUCACGACUCCCCAACAGAUUGGGCUCGGUGUGGCUUCGCUGUCCCGUGGCGGUGUCGAAUAAAAUCCUUGAGGAGGGGAUGCCCCGCGUCGGGCUGGUCAGGCCUGUGGCAGUGCCACUGCCGGCCCGCCCGAUGCGAUGCUUCCGGUGUCUCGAGGUGGGACACGGUGUCGCCCUUUGUAAGGGCAUGGACAGGAGUGGCCGCUGCCAUCGUUGCGGCGACCGCUCCCACGAGGCUCGAGCCUGCUCGGCGGCGAGGCCGAAGUGUCCGCUUUGUGCGGACUUUGGCCUCCCUGCCGAGCAUUCCCUCGGGGCGACUGCUUGCGUGGCUAGCGAGCGUGUCGCCCGGCGGAGGAAGGCCAAGAUCAAGGCCAAAGCCCGGGAGACUCUGUCCUCCAAGGAGGACAGGCCCCCGGCGGAGUCCGGCGAUGGGAGUAGGAGGGGCCCCCAUGGGGCGAAACCCUCCAAAACCAUUGCCCCAGCAGGGCCUGCGGAGGGGGGGGGAGACACCCAGGAGGGUCCUCCCCUUGCCCCACCGGAAAAAGGCUCCACCGAAGUCGUGGGGGGUCGUACGACUAGGUCCUCGGUGAAGAGGACCGUGUCGGAGCGUUCCCCCCCCGCCCAGCGUGGCCAGGAGUUGGCCGAGGGGCCUCAAGCGGAGUCCCCAUCCGCGCCCCCGGCACCGCCGAAGAAGAGGCGGGACCGGAGGGAACGAUUCAAAACACGUUGA